AUGUCAACUUCGGCGAAAAAGGGUGACGAGGGCAGCCAGCAUGGCAACGCCGCUUCCUCUGUAGAGCCGCCAAGCAAGGAGCACAUGCGGCCCGCCGCAGCCACCGCUACGACCGGCGCAACCACGGAUGACAAAACCGCUGCAGCCUCCAAGCUCGAAGUACCGGACAAAACGGCCACUUCAAGUAGUCGCAGGAGUCACCGCCACGAGCGCAAGAAGAGCAGAGCCCACCAGACUGCACAGCUCAGUUCGCUCACUUCCGUGCCAAACAACGGGGCGCAGCAAGCGACGACACAAGGCAUCGCGGUAAGCUCUACCCUGCAUGCUCAUCUGCGCACGCUUCUGCGGGUUCAGACGCGGAGGCAGAAUCUAAGGGAGCUGCUACAGCCGUCAUUCCUGCUCUUUUACCAACCUCCAAGACCAUCAACACCACGGCUUCCUCCGACCAGGAGAAGCCAAAAGAACCUGCGCCUUCUCAAGGCAAAGCCGUUGCGUCGUCCCCCUAUCCGGCGUCGCAUAGAAAGUCAACUGGACCAAAGCAAGGACCCUUGUGACGAUUUCCACGCUUACGUCUGCGGACGCUGGAAGCCUCGCAAAGAGUUUCACCUGUCCCGCUCCGAGCUGUCUGACAUGCUACUGUCGUGGCUGUACAAGCUUUCGGCGACAGUGGAAAAAGGUCUUGUCCGAUUCCCCGUAGGCAAGAAAGCCACCGCCAUGUUCAACAGAUGCGUGACGCAGAAAGAGUCUCAGGUCCGUAUCAUGAAGGAAUUCAUGAAGGCACGAGGCAUCGUCUGGCCGGAGAACCCGGAAAAACCAGUUCCUCCUGUGAAGGCUCUUUUCGACCUUUCUUUCAACUGGAACGUGCACCUCUGGUUCACGUUGGAAAUUCUCCCUGCUAUUUCCAACAAGACACCAAGGCGUAUCUUCAUUGCGCCCAACCAACUUAUGCUGCGUUGGAAGGCUAUGAUUAACCAGAUAUCGCAGGAAACCUUCCAAGGGGUCUACACCAACCUAUCAAAAAUUUUUGCCGACGACACAAGCAAAAACCCCGAAACCAACGAGAUUGUGCCAACGCACAAUUUCCUUCAGUACGUUUUCGAUACCCUGGUGCCCUCAUGUCCUUGUAAGUCACGCAUUCCAGGGUUAUUCACCUUGAGAGAAAUUGACAAAGUCUCACCUAUUCCCAUCGGCGAGCAAAUUGUGAAUAUGUCCAAUGCCAUGCUGGGACUGGAUCCACCGUUCACAAUGAACGACUUGGUGCUCCUAGGCGACCGGUCCCACUUCGAUAACAUCCUGCGUAUAUUCAGCCGAGUCAACGACACGGCGCUGUUGCGCCACCUGGCGUUCCUGUUCGUACAGGCAUAUGCGCCGGUGGCUUACCCCACGGGCGUUCUGAACAUGGUCCAGGGCAACGAGUACCGCGUCGAAGAGGAACGGCCCGGCUUCUGCGCUGGCCAGAUCGAGCCAAGCUACAAGCUCCUCGUAGCCGCCAUGACUUCCCUAAUCCACUUUUCCGAGCAAGAGCGUCACCGCAUCGACGAGCACCUGGACAGCAUCGUGAAGGUGGCCGUGGAGAAAACGUCGCGUGCCUCGUGGCUCGACAACAAGACCAAGCAAGUUGCCGUGGAGAAGCUAAAGAACGUGCGCACCGUGGUUUGGCCCCCGGACAAGUUCCUUAAUGCGGAGGCACUGGAGCAAGCGUACGCCAACUUCACCGGCAGCGCUCCGUCGUUCACCGAGUUCUGGAUCGACACGCGGCGCAGUCAGCGCCGGCUGUUCGGCACCGAGGCGGCCGAGCUGGAACUGUCGCUGGGCGACAACUCCCGGCUGCCGUACGUGGAGUACGUGCACGUGCUCAACCGGCUGUCCCUCUCCCUUGGAGCACUGGCGGCGCCGCUCUACUACCCGAACGGCACCAAGGCCAUGCUGCACGGCGGCAUCCUGUACCUGUACGCUCGGGCGCUCGUCGGUGCCAUUGACAACGAGGGAGUCACGAUCAACUCACAAGGAGAGAUCGUGUCAUCCUGGCUGAGCAAGGACCUGCAGAAGACUUUCGAGCAGCGCACGCUCGGAUGCCUUCCCGGAAACGUCAGCAUCUUUCCCGAAGUUCCGGCGAUGGAAGUUGCAUACGAAGCUUUCAAGCGAAGUCUCGAAGAUAAAGCUGCCCAACUAUCAGAGGAUUUGACGGAGGAGAAGGUGUUCUUCAUCACCGCCUGUCUCUCCGCCUGCGCUACGACGCCCGCCGACAACCUCUACGGCGGCGACUGCAACAAAGCGGUCGAGAACUUUGCGCCGUUCGCCAAGGCCUUCAAUUGUACCGUGGGCUCCAAGAUGAAUCCAGCACCGAAGUGUUCAUUUUACGACUAAGUUCCUGACCUUUUCGAUCUGUGCCUCUACCCUUUCACUGCUGUGAUGUUGACUUUGCUACGUUUACUUAUUUACUACGUUGCUACGUUGCUACGUUUACUUUAUUUACUACGCUAUGCUUUAGUCGAUGAAAUGUGUUAUUUCCCGAGUGCUUCAGUUACGUUCCGUCUAAAGUUUAUUAAAAAGUUUUUGAGUGA